UCAUGGUAUUGCUGCAGGCUGCCUCUGGAUAAUAUCGAGCCUGAGUAUGACAUGCUCUGUGGGUGAGAUUUGUGGCUUGAGGCCAAGAGCAGCCAACACACAGCCUGAUUUUGGCCACCUAGUAUCAUGUUUUGCUCUCCCCAGGACAUUCCGCAACCCAUCGGUUGAGGACCGUCAGGUCAUCCACCGACCUGCAAUGUUACCCAUUUCGCUUGAAUCACGAUUUCCUUUGGCUUUGUUCCCACCGUACCACGAUCCACAAUAUCUGCUCUCUAUUGACUACUGUCCCGUCAAGCUUUCGUACAGAAAAGAUAUCGUCUUGAGCUGAAUGAGCUCCAGAUGGAUCAUGUCUUCUUCCGACAAAUAUCAGGUGUGACCCACUGGACCUAUUUCUUCGCAAGAGUUGGCGCUAAUACUGGGUC